AUGGAAUUCAACCUCAGCAAGCCAAACCGCAAGAUCCAUGCCGGUGUUAUACUGACCAGAGGCAUCACCGAAAUGCUCGACGUUGCGCCCUUUGAAUUCUUUGCCUGCACAGACAAGGCUUCGCGUCAAAUGUUGAACCUACCGCAGGAGAUGUGGGAGGACAAUGUCGAGUUUGACCUUCACUGGAUUACUGAGGACGGCAAACCGGCUCAAAUGAAGAGCAGGGCUCAGAUUCAGCCAACGGACUCCUUUGAGUCUUGUCCACCCUUGGACAUCGCCCUCAUGGGAGCCCACGACCCUGGAUAUAAGACCAGCGAAGCUGAGAUUGUCUUCAUCCGCAAGGUCUACGAACAGUGCAGCGCCUUCCUGACUAUAUGUGCCGGUAUGUUUCCACUUCUAGAAGCUGGCCUUCUGGCUGGCAAGACGGCAACUUGCCCCCGCAUGGUCGUCGGUGCCAUGAAGAAGAAUGUUCCGGGCGUUAAUUGGGUUGAGACUCGUUGGGCACACGACGGAAAGCUGUGGACUUCGAGCUCGUUGCUGAAUGGCACCGACCUGAUGCGGGCUUUUGCCGAGGCUACGUGGGGAGGGAAGACUAGGAAUGGGUGGGUCGACGCAGUUCUCGAUAUUGGUGCUUUCCCAGUAAGAGAUAUCAAUUUCAAGGAUGCUGAGGAACACCAUUACCCUGUCGAACAGUUCCCCUUCUAG